UCUGAUCUAUACCCAUACGAUUUAUUGCACUUUUUCAUAAUACCAACAUUUGUUGCUGCAUUUAACCAGCUUUUUCUAAAUUUUCGAUUUUCGAAAGAUUUCAAUUUCCUUAAGAAUAUACGUAAUGAUCAGACUUUUCUUUCAUCUUUUCACUUGAUUUCCCCCAUGUCCCCGAGUGCCGUAUCAGUUAUGCUAUAUAAUGGAUUUAGAGAUACCGGAGGACUAUGGAUGACGUCAGGGUAUUUGGGGAAAUAUCAAAGAUUAAUUUCUAUAUUUUAUCGCGCCGCAGGUGAAAAUUUUGAGGGUUUUGGAGGGCUAAGAAGCUAGAAUUUCUUUUUUCAACGCCGCAGAAAAAAUUUUAACUCUUCUUUCUUACUCUUUAAAAUAAAUCAUAAGUUUUUCAUUUUCUUUAUAUCUCUUGUAAUCUCCUGAUAUUACUUUUAAUCAAUCACUAAAAUUAAUAAUCCACAAGUUUUUAGUUAUUUAUUCCUUUCUACUAUGUUUACUAAAGGCACCAUCAACAACGUAUUGACAUACAAAAAUUUAAAAUAUUAUUAUAAUAAAAAAUCAGAAACCUAUAGGUGCUCAAAACGGCAAAAACCGAAUAAUUGUAGAGGAGAGGUAAAAUUUUUAAAUAAUGAAGUUGUUAUGCUGAAAGAACACAAUGCAGCUAUCUGCAAAGAGAACGCUGCGCCAACCGAAGACUUUUUGGAACAAAUUGGCAAUAAAUCUUUAAGACGCCUUUCUAACGCUUCUUUGGAAAGUGGCCUUUUAAAUGCACAAGUUAUUCCCAACAGCAUAAGAUUGUCUGCCUCUCCAUUAAAUGACAUAUCUUCGGAUACAGAAAGCAAUGCUGCAGAGAAUGCAGAAUUUGAUCAAUUAGAUGAAAUGCCUCGUUAUAAGGUUAACAAAUUACUUAUCUAACAAACAAUUUACUAAUAACAAAUUACUUAUCUCUAAAAUUAUUAGAAUUUGCUUUCUGCAACUCAAGAAAUAUUUUCUGGCAAUAAAUCUGCAACUCAAGAAAAAGCCGAUCAGCGUAUAGCUAAACUAGAAAGUGAUAGAAGUGAAUUGCAAGAAAAGUUGAAAUUAAUUGGAAGUGGAGAAAAGGUUUAUUAUUAUUUAGUUUUUAGUAGAUUGGAAUUAAAAAGAAUAGAUUUAAGUUUGAUCAUAAAAGUCUUAUGUUUGUUUUUUAAGGUUGAUGAACAAA